UCCUGAAACGGUGUCGUUUUGGGGUCCCGUAUCUUCUUCCAUGGGUUGUAGCGAAAAGGACGCAUGAACAGCGAUAGCGAGAGCUCAACGUCCGUUGGUGGUAAUUCCGGUGGUGGCGGUGGCUCGAGUGAAGUAAAAUUAUGAACAAGAAAGGUUUAGCGAUUUUGAUGAGGACCAGAAUGAAACCUACGAAUCCCUCUGAGCGCUCUCUCUUCCCUGCCGCUAAUGAAGCAAAUAAAUUGGUAUCCAGCUCUGAAAUCAACCAAUCUAACGGAAGCAUAGCACGCCUUGCUAGAGAGGAAAAGAACAAAAUUUAUAGUCAAAAGCUAAAUUCCUCAGGCAAUACAUACAGAGAAUUCAAGUUUGUAAGGGAGACUAUGCACUCAGCCAUAUCAAUGAACAAAACUGAAGUUCUAGACGAUGUACUUAAUAACUUCUCUGAGGGUUAUUCUAGCCUCUCCCAUGAAAACCGUCAGAAAUUGCUUCUCGUGUUAGCAAAAGAGUAUGAUCUAAAUAGAACACAAAUUCGUGAACUGAUAAAACAAUAUCUUGGUUUGGAGCUUCCUAGUGGUGAGAAAGCUCAAUCUUCUGGUACUGAAGAGGAAGGCUCACUUUCUGCUUUCUAUCGGACUGAGCGGAAUUUGAGACAUGCUCUCAAGCCAACCUAUGAAGUUCUCUUUGAACGACUCAAUACACACCCUGGAGGGUUGAAGUUCUUGUCCAUUCUCCGAGCUGAUAUCCUAUGUAUUCUCACAGAGGAUAAUAUUGCAUCUUUGAGAGCACUCGAUUCAUAUUUAAAGGAGAAGCUUAUCACAUGGCUUAGUCCUGCUGCCUUAGAGCUUCACCAUAUUACAUGGGAUGAUUCUGCUUCCUUGUUGGAGAAAAUUGUAGCAUAUGAGGCUGUGCAUCCAAUCAGCAGUCUUACAGAUCUUAAGAGAAGGCUGGGAGUAGGUCGCCGUUGCUUUGGAUAUUUACAUCCAGCAAUACCCGGUGAACCUCUUAUUUUUAUUGAAGUUGCACUUUUGAAGAAUGUGGCUCAAACGAUACAGGAAGUUUUGUGGAAUGAUCCUCCUAUACCUGAAUGUGAGUCAACAUGCGCAUUAUUUUACUCUAUAUCAUCAACUCAGCCUGGCUUAGCAGGGAUCAACCUAGGAAAGUUUCUCAUUAAACGUGUGAUUAAAUUGGUGAAAAGAGAUAUGCCACAUAUUUCUACCUUUGCAACACUAAGCCCUAUCCCGGGGUUCAUGCAAUGGCUCCUAUCAAAGUUAGCAUCUCAAUCAAAGCUAGCUGAAACAGAGACCAGAGGGAUGGCCCAUUCAUCAGCAGAGAGUUUUGGUUCCACAUUUCGGGAGAAUAUUCUUGAACCAGAAGAAGAGAGAGCACUUUUGGAUUCAUCUGUGGAAUUCACUGCUGGGGCAAGUGGCAUGGAAGUGAUGUGGAACUUGCUGACAGAUGCAGACUUUGAGUGGAUCAAUUCAGCUAGAUUGUUGUCAGUACUGAAACCCCCUCUGAUGAGAUUGUGUGCCAGGUACCUUCUGCAAGAGAAGAAGAGAGGGAAAGCUCUAGAUUCUGUUGCAAAUUUUCACUUGCAGAAUGGAGCGAUGGUUGAAAGGCUAAAUUGGAUGGCAGAUCGAUCAGAAAAAGGCCUUCUUCAAAGUGGAGGUAUCAUGGUAAAUUAUGUUUAUAGGCUGGACGAUAUUGAAGAAUAUGCUCAAUCAUAUUUCAGCUCUGGUCAUAUCCAUACAUCAUCUGAUCUCUGCUGCUAUGUUGAGCCAUUGAAAGAGAAUGAAACCACAAAAGAUUAGGAGUGCCGCCAGAUAAUGGUGCAAGCAAAGUGGUUUUAUCUCAAUUGACAGCCAGUGGAAGAGAGUGAAGGAACAAAAGGUUGCAAGCAGCACAGGAUGAUAGUGUCAGUCCAAGUAAUACGGUUGUCUCAAUUUACAGGUAAAAUGUGUAUGAAUUAUUAAGAAUUCAAGAAAACAUUUGUAAACAUUACAUUUAUACAAUGGAAUAAAAAGAAAGCUCAAGCUGGCUCCAUUAUGGGAUAUUUUCAUAAUA